GGCCUGUAGCUCUUCCCCUCUAGUCUCUAUGGUUGAGCCGGUGCUGGCAGUAUCGGCGGCUCGAGAGUACUGAGGCUUCCAACUUUGCGGCCGAUCUGAGCGGCGUGGGGCUUGGCGUGGCGCGAUGUCCGAGAAGAAGCAGCCUGUCGACUUGGGUCUCCUGGAAGAGGACGAUGAGUUCGAGGAGUUUCCCGCGGAAGACUGGGCUGGCUUAGAUGAAGAUGAAGAUGCACAUGUCUGGGAGGAUAAUUGGGAUGACGACAAUGUAGAAGAUGACUUCUCUAAUCAGUUACGUGCCGAGCUGGAGAAGCAUGGUUACAAAAUGGAGACCUCAUAGCAUCCAGGAAUGUCCAAGAACCUUAACCAUGGACUCUACCAUAGUCUAGGACAGAGAAACCAGGACGGGAUACUUUAAAGAACAUGUUUAUUUCAUUAUUUGCUUGGGUUUAUUUUUGGUUUAUAAUGAAAUAAAUAAAUAAAUAAAUGUUUUGAUCUAA